UCUCUCUCACACACGUCAUCCCUCAGGCAAGUCUCCCCUCUUUGCCAAAACCUCAGAUCGGAGGAACUGAACCCUAAAUCGAAAGAAGAUGAAACCUGCCCGUUUCGCGAUUCGUUCCCUCAACGACGUCGCUUCCCGUAAACCAUGGCUUCCUCUCGCGCCCAGAAGCUUCUCCGCUAAUGCCAACGAAGAUCGAUCUUCGCUGGACGAUUGGAUGUUCGGCGGAAACAGUGGUGGCAACGAUGGAAAAAGCGGUGAGUUCUACCAGCAUCUUAGCAAGGCGCAGAAAGACAAGCGCGAGCUGGGUAGAUCGUACGGAAAAGACGGUUCGAGAGGUAGUAACAGAGACGAGACCUUCGAUCCUUCGUCGGAUGGUGUUGAUGGUAAACUGAAGGAAGCUGCGUUGAUUUACAACAUCGACGACGACGAAGAAGGCGUGAAGAAGGAUGGUUACUCGUUUAGGCCUGAUGUCAACAGCUGGGGAGCUAAUCACUUCCCUAAGGAUUUAGGUUAUAGAAAGCAGAUGCAAAGACCUAGACAGAACAACAAGGCGGAGAUAACCACCGAGGAAGUUCUGAAGAAAGCUGAUUUCAGGAAUGUUCGAUUCCUUGCACAGUUCAUCACCGAAGCUGGGAUCCUUGUUAAGAGGAAGCAGACUGGCAUCAGUGCUAAGGCACAAAGAAAGAUUGCUAGAGAGAUCAAGACGGCCCGUGCAUUUGGGCUGAUGCCCUUCACAACAAUGGGUACCAAGGCAUUCACAUUUGGGAAAACCAUGGAGAACAGAGACCAAGAUUUCGAGUAUGAAGUGGUUGACGAUGAUGAUGAGUAUGACAAUGCAGCUGAGUGAGAUUUGUUCCACUCUCUUCUGCUUUCUAAAUCUUUGGCCUAACUAGCUGGUCUAGUUUUCAUUUCUGAGGUUUUGGUCUAUCGAGAUUUUAAAUAAUAGGAUGUUACCAAAAGUGGACAAUACGUUACUUGAAUCCCUCAGACACCAAGGGAUUAGUAAUUGUAUUUUACUUCUCUUGUUGUGUUACUUUUGAAGAUGACAGGUUAUGGUUUCUUUAUUCUAUAAAUCAAGUAUCAUCUCGUGCUACA